AUGAUGGAAUGCCAGAAACUACCAGAUGAAUGGGAUUUGACGGAAGAUCCAGAAAUGGAAACAUGUCUUAAAGGAUGGCGACAGUACGUCCAGAACCAUCUCUUUGGCAGCUUCGAGUGUUCGAAAUGUUCGCACACCUGGAAGUCGGCCAAGGUGACUGUCAUCUUCCACAUGCAGCUUCUCAGGACUGCUUUGGGACCGGCCCGGGGGAAAGUGAAGAUGCGGGUGUUCGGACAGAAAUGCCGCCGCUGCAGGAGCGGCAAGUUUGAAGAGCCGAAGUUCAGUGACAAGACGGCCGAGUGCUGCCUGCACAACCUGGUGCAGAAGAUCCUCGAAAAAUGCUAUGAAAGGGGCAGAAAAGCCCACGCCCUGCUGCAGCCCGAGCCCGAGGACGGGAACUGCUGGGGCCCGCACGAUCGGAACGGCUGCGAGGCCUGUGCAUGCGGGCUCUGCUUUGAGCCGUCGAGGCCCGCUUCCCAGGGGCCGUGGGAAGGCAUCUCUCUGCAGUCCUCUCCCUUAGCCUGGCGGCACGAGCUGAAGAGGCGUGCAGGGGAUGCUUCAGCCCCCUGUGUCUGGCUUCUUGUUGUGGCUGCUGCUGUGCUCAUCCUUCUAGCCUCCAGCCUUCAGAAACAGGAGUCAUUAAAGGGAAAGUUGCAGCUGGUCACUGCAACAGGAACAUGGAGGGUGAUUCCAAAGGAUCCUUCUCCUGUUCCAAACCUCUGCGCAUGGGGACUGGUUCUUCUGCUGACUUCUGAGCCAGAGAUCUCCUGCUCUGAUCUCCUUUUGAAGCUUCUUGGUUCUGCAAAGGCCACUUUGCAGUCAAUGUCCUAA